CGUAAAGCGAGCGACAUCGCGUGCAUCUUCGUCCAUGCAGGAGCAGGAUACCACUCCAAGGAAAAUGAGAUCCAUCACUUGCAGGCAUGCGCAGAUGCAUGCAAAGCUGGAAUGGCCAUACUACGAAACGGAGGCUCGGCUGUAGAUGCAGUUGAGAUGGCUAUCAGGGUGUUGGAAGACCGCGAAAUCACCAAUGCUGGAUUUGGCAGCAAUCUGGGCUUCGACGGCGUGGUCGAGUGUGAUGCCAUUGUGGUUGACCACUUUGGUCGGAGUGGCGCCUGUGGUGCAGUCGCCCAGAUCAAGAACCCGAUCUCCCUAGCACGUCUCCUUCUCGACCACUCAACUCAGACCUUGUCAUUACGCCGAGUGCCACCGAACUUGCUAGUUGGCCCUGGAGCUACCAAGUUUGCUCAGGAACACGACAUGAGCAUUGUGCAGUACGACACUUUGAUAUCGAAUUUUACUAGGCAUCGGUGGCAGAAGUGGCGAGCAGAUCUAGCCAAGGCCGAACGACAUAGACGCCGAGAAGAGGCCAAGUUGUUCGACAACGAGCAGGGCUCGACGGCAUACUUCAACGAGCAUGAGUCUUAUGAGAAGUAUCGAUCACACCAUUCCUUGCAAAUGUUGCAGGGUGCAGAAGCAUUGUACAACGAGGCGCAGCCAAUGUCACCGCCACCAACUGAUUUCCCGGAAGCCGAAUCUUCUUCUUCGAAGCGCCCAUCGACGUCCUCUGCACAUCCACAAAUGGACUCGCGUGAAGACCACAUCACGGACACAGUAGGCGCUAUAGCGUUUGACAACUUCGGAAACAUUGCAUGUGGUGCCUCAUCUGGCGGCAUCGGCAUGAAGCAUCGUGGCAGAAUCGGUCCUGCUGCACUAGUGGGCACCGGCGCGACAGUCGUCCCUGUCCACAAGGAUGACGAGGACAAGACGUGCGUAGCGACAGUCACAUCUGGCACCGGCGAACACAUAAGUACGACGCAGGCUUCACAAGUGUGCAGUGAUCGCGUCUAUCGGCAAGAAUCCAGAGGUAAAGACGGCAAAUGGGAAAGCGAUGUCAUGGAGGAGAUGAUCCUCAAGGGCUUCAUUCAGCACGACUUCAUGGGCCAUCCAUCAGUGCAGCAUUCAGACAGCACCGGCGCUAUUGGACUUCUCACCGUCAAAGUGACCAAGGAUGGUGCUUACCUUUACUACGCGCACAACACAGACUCAUUUGCACUGGCCAGCAUGCACAGUGAUGAAGCUGCACCUGUUUGCACCAUGAGUCGCAGUCAUAGUGGUGGCUCUAUCGCUCAAGGUGGGAGGGCUCUCAAGUUUCGACGU